GCACUUUCAAAUAAAGUCGCUAGGAACAGCGGAGAUCCCAAAAAGUAAACAAAAGUAAAAGUCUAAUAUCUUGAAAACCGGUGAAUAUUUUUCGAUGAAAUUUGGUAGAUAUUCGUUUUCGCUCUUUCUGAACCGAGCGACAUCACUUUCGUGCCAAUUCAUUAACUUUUUUGAAGGUGGGAGGGUCCCUUUAAACAAAUUGAAAUGUUUAAUGAAGGAGUACAAGUUUCAGGCUGGCACUAGUCCAGUUAUCAGUUUGUGCAAACAAACAGGAAAAUCUCUCGCGGGCUGCUCGCAUGGUCAAAGAAGCCACUGCUGGAGGUGCUCAGAUGGUUGCACUGCCAGAGUGCUUCAACUCACCAUAUGGAACUCAAUAUUUCGGAGAAUAUGCCGAGAGCGUGCCUGAUGGACCAUCGUGCAAAGCUCUGUCCGAGAUGGCACGUGACAACAGCGUGCACCUGGUGGGUGGAUCCAUACCGGAGCGAGCGGGAGAGACUCUGUACAACACCGCCACGGUCUGGGCGCCAGAUGGCAGCCUGGUCGCCAAACACCGCAAGGUGCAUCUGUUCGAUAUCGACAUCCCGGGCAAGAUCCGGUUCCAGGAGUCUGAGACGCUGACGGCGGGCGCGUCCCUGACCACCUUCAGCACGCCCUGGUGCCGGGUCGGCCUGGGCAUCUGCUACGACCUGCGCUUCAGUGACAUGGCCACACUCUACGCCAGGCAGGGAUGUGACCUGCUGUUGUACCCUGGAGCGUUCAAUAUGACCACGGGACCGGCGCACUGGGAACUGCUGGCCAGAGCCCGCUCCGUCGAUAACCAGGUGUACACCGCGCUGGUGUCGCCAGCGAGGGACACGACCGCCUCGUAUGUGGCCUGGGGUCACUCGCUCGUGGCCUCGCCCUGGGGAGACGUGGUGGCCUCCACCGAGGCGGACGAAACCGUCAUCUACGCCGAUAUAGAUCUGGAGGAACUGAAGCGAAUCAGAGAGAACAUCCCUCUAGGAAAGCAGCGCCGACUCGACCUGUAUGACACAGUGCAGAAGGUCUAGCUGCCUGAGGGAACCCGAGCAACCAGUGAGUGAAAUAAAACUGAACUCUGCCUGACCACCGAGUAAGUGCCGCAUGCCUGGUUAUAACAGGCUGCAUUAUAGUUGUGUGAAGACUCUGUCAGAGUGGGACAUGAAUAUGUCUGACACAUGCAGGUUCUGUUCAGGGUUUGUGAUCAGGAAAGCGAGGGUGUUCGGAAGCGAUAACAGUUAGAAUGCGGCCAGUUAUCACCGCUUUGUUAUAUCGUUCGUACUUUGGGGUACAUGGAAUAAACUUAACACUGUGAUAGUGAAAGCUGUGUGGCGUUGCGAUGGGUAGAUCGUACAUGAGAUUAACAUUACAAUACAUGAUAUAUUGAA